AUGCACUGGGAAACAAUGAAGGCAACGCUCUAUCUCGAUGAUGGUUCUUCUUUUACCGGACAACUCUUCGGAGCUACCAAAAGUGUGGUAGGAGAGAUAGUCUUUCAAACGGGUAUGGUUGGAUAUGUUGAAUCCUUAACGGAUCCCAGUUACGCUCAGCAAUUGCUCACCCUAACAUAUCCAAUGAUUGGUAAUUAUGGAGUACCUAGUCAUGAAGAUAUCGAUAAACUUGGAUUACCAUCACAUUUUGAAAGUGACAGAAUUUGGCCGGCAGCUCUAAUCGUGGACAGGAUUUGUCCCGAGAAUGAGCAUAGCCAUUGGGAAGCAGUAGAAUCGCUGAGCAGCUGGCUGCGAUCAGCUGGAGUACCAGGAUUGGCUGGUAUUGAUAUCCGUAUGUUGACCAAGAAAAUCAGAGAGCAAGGAACGAUGAAAGCCAAGCUUAUAAUCGAGAGUGAUGAUCCCACGAAGUAUCAGUUUCGUGAUAUCUACGAAGAAAAUCUUGUUUCAUUCGUCUCAAGAAAA